AUGGCUCCUGCCUUCGCGAUUUCGAUGUUCGGUAUCCUUGCCACUGCUGCCGGUCAGGGAUUGGGCGCCUCUCCACUGACCCUGCCUGCCUUGGCUCCUCUGCCGCAUGCGCUGAACACCUCGGGAUCCUUGAGUCAAGCCAGCACAUGGCGAGAUGGGCUGGAGAGGAGCAGAAGAUCGAUCGCCUGCAUGGAGAUCGGGCUCUUGGCGGUGCCUGUGGCGGGGACGGGGAUGGAAAGGUUCGCACCCACUGGUUCAAGUUGCAGUUGCCGCACAGCGGCCAGCUAUUUGUCCUGCAUCAACAGUUCCGUGACAAAGGCGAAGCUGCAAGCCUUAUGCGACACAGUGCGGGCAGGAUGUGAAUCUUUGCUCCUGGAUUGUGCAACGCAGACAUGUACGGAUCACCAGGAAGACACAGCAGCGGUUCUCUCCAAACCAACGUCCUUGACAGGCAUUCUGCUCGUCGUGGGUGUGUGUUUAAGUUGGCUGUUGUUCCAUCACAUUCAGAGGAACUGCCAGGACCGGGAGACAUGUUCGGCAUGUUUCCGGAUCAUGGAUUUUGCUGACCGUCACAACCUCCUCGUCUUCAUGGGUCGUGCUGGCAUUCAGCUGAUCGUCUUCACGUUCCUGUACAACAACGGCAGCAUCCAGAGCCUCCUAGUUCUUGCCUACAUCUUCUGUUGCCUAGGCACAGGCUUGCGACUGGUCUGGAUUCAUGCCGGCCGAGUGCUCUGCCAGACGGGCGAGUAUCCCACGACCUUGACCCCCGAGAAUGUGUACCAGAAUGUGCGGGAUCCGAGCAACAAGUUCUUCGUUAUGUUUGCAAUCCAGUUUGGGCUGUACGUACUUUUCAAUCACGGGAUCGUCGCUGCCAGUGGCGUUGAGCCAGCAUUUAAGAAAGCCUUGUGGUCCGACCCAUCUUCAGCGGACCUUUUCAACGAGCACUAUGCGCAGCUGAUCGCAUAUUUCGUUUUCGCAAGCCUCGCGUCGAUUGUGUACCAGCCUUUCGUGCACUCCUUCAUCAAGGACGAGCUGGAUUUCUGGUACCGGCUGAGGGAGAGUCAUGGCGACCAUGAAGCCUUUAGGUAA